CAUCCGGCAUGCAUUUGCGACGUUUUGCGGCAUUGACUGGAAACGGACAGAAUUCCUUGUUCACAGAACUGAUACAAAGUGGGAAUAGCAAUUCUGUCAAUUUCAUUGGUGAGGAAUAGUUGUGAAAGAUCUAGAAUGGGAUAUGAUAUUGAACGAUUUAUCGGCUAUGUAAACGAAGGUCUUUUGUGUUGCAUUUGCCGAGACGUGUUGGAGAAUCCAUUACAGGCUCCAUGUGAGCACGCCUUCUGUACGUCAUGUAUUCAUGGGUGGCUCAUACAGAACCACAACUGCCCCGAAGAUCGGCAGACCCUGGACACAUCCAUGCUUCGACCACUAUUCAGGUAUAUGCGAAAUGAUUUGAAUCGGCUACAGAUGUGGUGCAGAAAUAAGCAACACGGCUGUGAAACAAUCUGUUCUUUAGAAGCGAUUGACAGACAUGAAAGUGAGUGUGAAUACAGCCGGGUUCCCUGCUUAAAUGCGGGUUGUACUGUUCAAGUAGAACGACGCGGUCUGGAAGCUCACAUGGCAGUGUGUGAAUGCCGAAGCCGGGAAUGCUCCAAUGGUUGUGGUUACGCCAUGCUCAGUGCAGAUGACGCUCAGCACAACUGUAUAGCGGAACUGAGGACGGAACUGGAAUUGCUAAGGUCUGAGAUGAUUUGUAAAGUUGAAGAAGUAAAGCAUGAAAUGGAAUCCCGUUUAGAUUCUCAAAGAAGACACAUGGUACAGAAAGAGAGCUUCCUGCAAAAUGAAAUCGAGGAGCUUAAAAGCCAGCUGUCUCGUGUGAUGUCGGAUAUGCGGACACUGGUGGCCGAAGAAAGGAAGCAUCGUCAGGAAGUGGAACAAGCCGAACUGGAGAAGAGGGAGCUAGUAGAGUUGCUAAAGAGCUGGAAUAAAGAGAGCAGGCUUCUCAAUGGAGAAGGGGGCAGCAAGAGAACCACUGCUGUCAGACCCCCCAACCGAAUGGAAAGCAUCAAACGGAAGCCGAAGGAGGUCACCGUUAUCUAAAUGAUGGGUUACUGAAUUAGCCAUGAAUGCAUUUCCCUCGUUUGUUUUAAAUGGGUUCAAAUUUUUUUUGCUUUGCCCAGUUAGAACACAGCAUUUAAUUGAGUACUACAUAGGACACAAUACAUUACAGGCCCUUUGGCCCACAAUGUUAUGCUGACCUUUAAAUCCACUCUAAGAUCAAUCUAACCCCUUCCCUCCUACAUAUCACUGUUUUUCCUAUCAUCCGUAUGCCUUCUAAGAGUCUCUCAAAUACCCAUUGUAUAUCGCCUCUGCUAUCACUUGUAGGGCAUUCCACACCCAACACUAAAUCUGUGUCUAAUAAAAACAAACCUCGCACAUCUUUCCCGCCCUCCCCACCAUACUUUCCUCCAAACACCUUAAAAUUAUGCCCCUUCAUAUUAGCCAUUUCAGCCCUGGGCAAGCAUUUCUGGCUGUCCUCUCUAGCCAUACCUCUUAUCAUGUUGUACACCCCUAGUAAGUCAGCACUCAACCUUGUACAAAAAGGUCUGGCUCACCCAAGCAUUCUUCAUUAGACAUGCCCUCCAGUCCAGGCAGAAUCCUGCUAAAUCUCCUGUGCACCCUCUCCGGGGAAAAUGUUUCUGCCACUUAAAUAAAUAUAGGCAGAACUGAAACAACAGGAAUUCUGCAGAUGCUGGAAAUUCAAGCAACACACAUCAAAGUUGCUGGUGAACGCAGCAGGCCAGGCAGCAUCUCUAGGAAGAGGCGCAGUCGACGUUUCAGGCCGAGACCCUUCGUCAGGACUAACUGAAAGAAGAGCUAGUAAGAGAUUUGAAAGUGGGAGGGGGAGGGGGAGAUC